UUACACGAACUCCCUAUUUUUAUUUUUAUGGCUUUACAGCACCCACAUUGAACAGACCAUGCUUCCAUAACGAGCCCUUUAUUCCAUCUAAAACAAUGCCGAUCAGUGACUGCCACGGUUCUAUACUCCGCCGCGAAAUUACAAUAUAGCGUUGGCCUAUAGGCGAUAUAGGCUGUUCAGCGCAAUUUUACUUUCGGUGCAUGGGAGUUGGAGGCUCUGCGCCGCCGAGCAGACGUCUGACAGAUAAUAAGUGCGCGUCAUGGCUACGGAUCAAGAAAAGAACAAACAUCGUUUAAAACAGGUUUUGGGGAAGCCUGGCAAUGGACACUGUGCAGAUUGCGGAGCUGCAGACCCGGAGUGGGCAUCCUACACCCUGGGUGUGUUUGUUUGCCAGAGCUGCUCGGGCCUCCACAGAAACAUCCCUCAGAUCAGCAGAGUCAAGUCUGUCCUGCUGGAUCCCUGGAGCAGCUCUGAGGUGGAGUUCAUGGAGUCCACUGGUAACAAUGCUGCCAAGGUCAAGUUCGAACAAAAGGUGCCUGCGUUCUACUACCAGCCCACACACACAGACUGCACGCUCCUCCGGGAACAAUGGAUCCGAGCCAGGUACGAGAGGAGUGAAUUUGUGUGUGUGGAGAGACAGGAGCCCUACUCGGCAGGUUACAGAGAGGGGUUUCUAUGGAAACGAGGCAGAGACAACGGACAGUACCUCAGACGAAAAUUUAUUCUGUCUGAACGGGAGGGCAUCCUAAAAUACUUCAACAAGCAUGAUGCUAGAGAGCCCAAAGCGGUGAUGAAGAUCAAUACUCUAAACGCCACCUUCCAGCCAACCAAAAUUGGCAACGCCCACGGCUUGCAGAUAACCUAUUUGAAAGACAACAGCACAAGGAAUAUCUUUGUUUACCAUGAGGAUGGGAAGGAAAUGGUGGACUGGUUUAAUGCCAUCAGAGCAGCCAGGUUUCACUACCUACAGGUGGCUUUCCCUGGUGCCCAGGAUGCUGAUUUGGUGUCAAAGUUAACCAGGAACUACAUUAAGGAAGGCUACAUGGAGAAGACCGGACCAAAGCACACAGAGGGCUUCAAGAAAAGAUGGUUCACUAUGGAUGACAGGAGGCUCAUGUACUUCAAAGAUCCACUGGACGCCUAUGCACGGGGUGAAGUGUUCAUUGGCAGUAAAGAGAACAGCUACACCGUGCUUCCUGGCCUCCCCUCGUCCAUUCAGGGUUACCAUUGGCAGUUUGGGAUCACCAUAGUAACCCCAGACAGGAAGUUUCUUUUUACCUGCGAGACUGAAGAGGAACAGAGAGACUGGAUUGCUGCGUUCCAGAGCGUUGUCAACCGACCGAUGCUGCCUCAGGAGUAUGCAGUGGAGGCCUAUUUUAAGCACAAGCCCUGAGAUCUCCUUAGUUUUUGAAGAAUUUCAAGUGGAAGAGGAAGAGGAAAGGGUCCUGGGAUGGGUUUUCCAGCCACAAAGUACACACUUGAUCUUAUCCUAGUAAGAGACUUUAUAAAGCUUGAGGAGUAAAAGAGAAAAGGACCCAAAGGUGGGAGAGAGCCUGGACUGCAGUUACCAUUCCUUGUUCGACUCUUUUACCCUACAUGAGCACCCGCCAUCCCUGGCCUCACAUCCACCAGUCAGUGGUGUGCCAGAUUUCAUUAUUCCGAAGUCAGAAUCACUGUCCAUUCCAAGUUGUGGAGUACAUGAAUAUUAGCCUACUCACCUGUGUAUUUGUCAUUUGAUGUGACUUACUUACUUGAAACAGAGGUCAGUUGCUCUGACAUGAAUGUGAGUUAUAUAUGUACGCCUUGUGUGGGAAUCAGAAUUUUUGCUGCUCAGACUUGUGAAAAGUACCUGAUGUGUGUUUUUUCCCUCCUCUUUUAUGUUUCAAAUGAAAAAAAAAAAUACCAAGGAGAGUAACUGUACUUAGUAAUAAUAAUAUAAGAAGAACGCUUCAGAUAUUUAAUACAUGUCGUUAAUUUAAUUUGCCUGGCAGAUUGGAAACCAGGUAAAUGACCAGAAUCUCCAAAAUAUAAAUGUCAAUCUGGCUGGCUAUGCAGGCAAGAACAAGCUCAUAUUGUCUAAUAUCGGUCAAUGUCAUUCAUUCCUGGUCUACAUUACUCAGAGUUCAUUUCAGUUUUUGAAACAUACUGUAGUUAGGCUACAUAUUCACAGCGGGUACAGUUGUUUCCAUGGAUCGAUGCACUGGUAUUUACUUCUCAAUGUAUUUAUUUAUUUUUUUUUAAAUAACUGUCUAAUGUGUUAUAUGCAGUUUUACAUAGUGCCAAGCACUGCAGAUUCAAUAAGCUACAGUAUUUUUUUUUUAUUUUUAUUUUUUUACAUGUAUUCAUGCCGGUUAGUUUAACUGUCAUUUUGUUGUGUAAAAUCACUUUCAAGUAGUGGCUCAUUUUUCUCUCAAACUUAUGUAAGACUGUAAAAAAAAAAAAAAGGACCUAACCAUAA